AUGAGAUAACUGGGUUGAGGGUAUAGCUCAGGAGAUAAGAGUGCAAGUUGAACAUGCAUGGAGCUCUGGAUUCGAAUCUCAGCACCACAGAAACACCACCAACAAAAAUAAAUCAGGUGGCGACAGACAAGGUUGCAGAGAAGCUGAGUUCUACUCUCUCAUGGGUGAAGAGCACAGUAUCCCAUACAGUCAGUCAGAUGGCCAGUCAGGUGGCAAGUCCAUCUGCUUCUUUACACACUACUUCCUCAUCUACCACAUUGUCAACACCAGCCCUUUCGCCAUCUUCCCCAUCACAUUUAAGUCCUGACGAUUUAGAACUCCUGGCUAAACUGGAGGAACAAAACAGAUUGUUAGAGACGGAUAGUAAGUCUUUAAGAUCUGUAAAUGGGUCAAGAAGAAACAGUGGCUCCUCUCUUGUAUCAAGUUCAUCAGCUUCCAGCAAUCUCAGCCACCUUGAAGAAGAUUCUUGGAUUCUUUGGGGAAGAAUUGUUAAUGAAUGGGAAGAUGUUCGCAAAAAGAAGGAAAAGCAAGUUAAGGAACUUGUUCGUAAAGGGAUACCCCACCACUUUAGAGCAAUAGUUUGGCAACUUUUAUGCAGUGCACAAAGUAUGCCAAUUAAGGAUCAGUAUUCAGAACUCCUGAAAAUGACCUCACCUUGUGAAAAAUUGAUCAGAAGGGACAUUGCUAGAACUUACCCUGAACAUAAUUUUUUUAAAGAAAAAGAUAGCCUUGGACAGGAGGUUUUAUUUAAUGUAAUGAAGGCAUAUUCUUUAGUGGAUCGUGAGGUUGGUUACUGUCAAGGAAGUGCUUUUAUAGUUGGAUUAUUGCUUAUGCAGAUGCCAGAAGAAGAAGCUUUCUGUGUAUUUGUUAAAUUAAUGCAAGAUUAUAGACUUCGUGAACUUUUUAAACCAAGUAUGGCAGAGUUGGGCCUUUGUAUGUACCAGUUUGAAUGCAUGAUACAGGAACAUCUUCCUGAGCUCUUUGUACAUUUCCAGUCUCAGAGUUUUCAUACCUCAAUGUAUGCAUCAUCCUGGUUUUUAACUGUCUUUCUGACAACAUUUCCACUACCAGUUGCAACAAGGAUAUUUGAUAUCUUUAUGUGUGAGGGUUUAGAAAUAGUGUUUCGAGUAGGAUUUGCACUUCUUCAAAUGAAUCAAGCAGAAUUGAUGCAACUUGACAUGGAAGGGAUGUUACAGCACUUUCAGAAGGUCAUUCCACAUCAGUUUGACAGUGGUCCAGACAAAUUAAUUCUAGCAGCUUACCAAGUCAAAUACAACUCAAAAAAAAUGAAAAAGCUUGAAAAGGAAUACACUACAAUAAAAACUAAAGAAAUGGAAGAGCAAGUUGAAAUUAAAAGGUUACGCACAGAAAACAGACUUUUAAAACAACGCAUUGAAACAUUAGAAAAAGAAAGUGCUUCCUUGGCAGAUAGAUUGAUACAGGGACAAGUGACAAGAGCCCAGGAGGCUGAGGAAAACUACCUCAUAAAACGGGAGUUGGCCACCAUAAAACAACAGAGUGAUGAGGCCAGUGCUAAGCUGGAGCAAGCUGAAAAUACCAUCAGGAAGCUCCAGCACCAACAGCAAUGGCAUAAAUGCAGCUCCAACUACAAUGAAGAUUUUGUGCUACAGCUAGAGAAGGAAUUGGUUCAAGCCCGACUGAGUGAAGCUGAGUCUCAGUGUGCGCUAAAGGAGAUGCAAGAUAAAGUCCUGGAUAUAGAGAAGAGGAACAACUCUUUUCCUGAUGAGAAUAAUGUUGCAAGACUUCAGGAGGAACUCAUUGCUGUGAAACUGAGAGAAGCAGAAGCCAUAAUGGGUUUGAAAGAACUUAGACAGCAAGUUAAGGAUUUGGAAGAACAUUGGCAGCGCCACUUAUCUCGUACAACUGGGAGAUGGAAAGACCCUCCUAAGAAAAAUGCUGUGAAUGAGUUACAAGAUGAACUGAUGACCAUUCGACUUAGAGAAGCUGAAACACAGGCAGAAAUUAGAGAAAUAAAACAAAGGAUGAUGGAAAUGGAAACACAGAACCAAAUCAAUAGUAAUCAUCUUCGAAGAUCUGAACAAGAGGUGACCAAUCUACAGGAAAAAGUGCACUAUCUUUCUGCCCAGAACAAAGGACUGCUUACUCAAUUAAGUGAAGCAAAACGCAAACAAGCCGAGAUUGAAUGCAAGAACAAGGAAGAAGUAAUGGCUGUGAGACUCCGAGAAGCAGAUAGCAUAGCGGCUGUGGCUGAACUACAGCAACACAUUGCUGAGCUUGAAAUCCAGAAAGAAGAAGGAAAGCUUCAAGGACAGCUUAGCAAGUCUGAUUCUAACCAGUACAUUAGGGAACUGAAAGAUCAGAUAGCAGAGCUGAAUCAUGAGCUCAGGUGCUUAAAAGGCCAGAGGAAUUUCUCAGGCCAACCUCCUUUUGAUGGAAUCCACAUUGUCAACCAUUUAAUAGGAGAUGAUGAAUCAUUCCAUUCCUCCGAUGAAGAGUUUAUAGAUAAUUCCUUACAGGAAAGUGGCAUUGGUUUUCCUUUGCACAGAAGAUCUGUCCCAAUGUCUUUGGACCCCACUGUGGCAGAUGGUAGUGAGAGUGAAACAGAAGACAGUGUGCUACAGACCAGAGAGAGCGAUCAAGAGGUUUCGAAGGAGCAGACCCCACGGAGAGAGUCAUAUUCAACCACUGUCUGACCAUCACUGUGACCUGGACUGUGGAUUUCUUUAAGGGAUCAGUUAAGGGAUAUUUGGAACAUACCUGAUUCAUAUGUACAUAUAUUAUGUUUUACAGACUUACCUGCCUUUUAUCUUUGCCAAACCUUCACUACUGAUUUUCCAUUGCCAGAAAGUAGACUGCAACAUGGUUAACAAGUAAAAUAAGUUUCUACCAGUAUUACUGAAUAUUGUUUCUUGUUUAUAAAAUACAACUAUCUAAACGUGGGAGCUGUUUUGAAGUUCAAAACUAUGGAAAAUUUAAUUUUCUCCAGACAAACAACUCUUGUGCAAUAUUUUAUGCUCUGUGAACAAAUUGUAUAUUUAUGUCUAUUAAUUUGUUUUCAAGGUAGUUGUCUAUAGACAUUUGAUCAAGAUAGAUACCUGAUUUUACUUUUUUUGUGUGUUUGGGAGAUAUUUUUUUCACUAAAAUUACUAUUUUAUUAGUGAUCUACUCAAGGUUCUCAAACACAAAGCUUUUUUUCUGUAUGAUUUUAUAAAUACAACUUAACUUAUCUGUUUUGAGAGUUUUAAUUUCUAAUUUUUAUGUGUGUCUAAUGCUUCUGUGUGUAGUUACUGGUCAGAUAGUAGAUUAACUGCGAAUAUAUUAUUUGUACAUAUUUAUAAAUCUGCACCACCCCACACUGAACAUCAUUUUAUCUGAGGAACACAUAUUUGCAAAAUGACUGCUGUGGGCAUUCUAACAGGAUGUCUAAAUAAUAGGUUAAAAUUUUUAAAAAAUCAGACACUAAUAUUUUAAUAGCUUUAAUAUUUUGCUUAGUAUUCAACACUACCAGAUUUAUAACUUGUUCAAAAACACUAUUGGUGAUAUACUUCGUGUAUAUGUAACUAAUACAUUUUUCAUGAUUAAAAAGGUUAUAGUAAGGGCUGGGGAUUUAGCUAGGUGGUUCCGCCGCCUGCCUUGCAAGUGCAAGGACCUGAGUUCGAUCCCUGGUACCAAAAAAAAAAGGUUAUAGCACAUUAAUUAGUGCUAAUAUUAUACUUACUAUAAUUCAAACAGUGGGCUGAGGUCCAAGAUGCACAACAAUUAUAUCUGCAAAUAAUCUACGAACAUUAUCUUCAGAUUGUCUCGUUUCUACCAAAUAAAUAAAGCCAUAAGAAUCCUUUUAAAUUCUUUUGUAUCAUUUAGUCUUUUUUUCUUAGAAAAAACUAAAUGCCUAUUACUGAUAAAUUGGUGGAAAUAACCAAUUAUCCUUAUCCUAUGGAAAGAUGAAAGCAGUGUAUUGACUGGGUACUUUCCACUUUCAUUUUCAUUAGCAGCUUGUGAAAAGAACAGCCAUAGACAAUAAGAGGAAAGUAAGAUUCACUUUGUAUGAAAGUACAGUUUUGCAGAGCAUUAUGUAUGCAACAGCAUGCAUGAAACAGUUAUGAUAGAAUGGAAUAGAAGAGACAAAAGUAGUUUGCUAUCUAAAACCAGAAGUUAAGCCUUAUGCUGCAGUAUGGAUUGUUUUUCCAGCAAAGCCUUUGUAGCUAUUUGUUUGCCUGAUAAAUGAGAUUGAAAACAUGCCUUCUGCGUUUAAAUGCUAGUGGUUGAGUUCUAGUGGUUAAAUUCUACUGGUUAGAUAAUUUACCUGUGGUGAUAAGCUAAUAAUUAGCAGAUUUUAAUCCAGAUCUGUCUGACACCAAAGCUUUUUAAAACGUCUAGCUAAUGAAUUUCUCAUUUCCCUACUGUUCUGACAAUAUGACUUAAAUAAAUUAGUUUGUUUUUGUUUUUUUGUACCAGGGAUCGAACUUGGGAUCUUGCACUUGUGAGGCAGGUGGU